AUGCUUUCUACUAUCGGGAGUCCAGACUCAGAUUCAGAUUCUGCUGUCGGGAUUUCAGCAUCAGACUUGGAUUCACUGCCAGAUGACUUGAUUUUGGAGGACACUUUCAGACAGGUCGCCAAACUCGACCCCAUUGAUUUUGAUCAAUGUAGGGACGUGCUGAAGUUCCUUACGGAGCCAAACCCUGAGCAAGAGUCUGCGGAGUUUUCUGAUGUCCAUUAUGGGGUAUACUGGACAGUAGAACACAUCAUCGAAGAGAAUGAUACAGUACCAGGAAGGCCAAGAUUGAGUUACUUCGAGGACGAACACAUCCUUCUCGUCGAAAAGUUCAACAGUAUUCACGAAGUUCCAUUCCUUCACCUGGAUUCAAUAUUCCGUCAUUUUAUGUAUGAUCUCGAACACUGUGACUCGGGCUACUCUGUGGACAUCACAGUAUCCAGGGUCCUUACGCUGAUAUCUGCAUCUGCUGUUCCAGACCUGUCAGUUGAGAUGAAUGUGGUGACCUGGAAUAAGUGGAUUCAGAAGGUCCUUGUCGUCGGGGAAUGUUCAUUCGCCCAGGACACAGAUUCUGUUCUUCGGAAAAUAAAAUAUGAAAUCACCUCCCGUCCAGAAGUCUUGAUGGUCAUAAUGGUUGACAAUCUUUCACGCUCUUCAUUCCUUUCACUUCAAGGUGUUGCAGCACAAUCUCUUGAUCAACCCGUUGUGGUCGCAGGCCAUACAUGGUGUCACCUCGCAUCUGUUCAAUUCCACGUUUGGGUCCGGGGAGACGAGCCGAUCAACAUUGAUGUUGACAAUGAAUUGUUGGCACGUGGCACCUUAUUACCGAAACAAGAUAUGGAUGCGGUCGAUACCAUGAUCGAGAAGGGCAUGGUGAUGAUGCGGGACUAUCUUGCAACUGUCUGCCAGAAGGUAGCUCCAGACAGUAACAUUUCUGCCAUCCGAGACUCCGGUGUUACUUUCUGUCCAAAUUGGAAUCAUCUGUUGAGGGACCUGGAACAUGCAGUCGACGGAACCGCCUAUAACCGAUACCACUCAUGGUAUAAGUCAUCCCUGUGAAGCACCUCCACCCUCGAUCACCGGACGCGCUCGCAACCAGUGUGAAGGCAAGCAAGGACCCUCAUGUGUGGACCAUGACAAUAUUCGUUGGUUAUGUAGAGCCAAAAAAAAUGUCCUAAUUUACACGAUACCGUACUCUCGAUCGGUCCGUUUUUCUGUAGAGGCCACCGUCCUCGUACCAGUGUUUACACCACAAUCUAAUCAUAAGGUCACAUGUAUGCAUAAAACAUGAUUAAUGAGCAGUGAUCGCGCCUGAAUCAAACUUGAGAGAGGCGAACAUUCGCAACUUAGAACGAAUUACAUAUAAAAGAAUGUAUUAUCCUCCAGGGAAAACAUCGCAAAGUGAUAAAUGAAAUAUAUAAACGAGUGGAAGGGUGCCCAGAGUUCCUCAUGGUGCACAAACAAACGAAAACCAAAGAACGACUAUCACCAAGAAAAGAAG